GCCUAAAAUUGUUGUUGGCGUACGAAGAAUACAGUAGUCGGUGGUCAAUAGGAUAUAUCGGUUUGUCGGCUUUCGCGAACCACCAACAUGGAUAUUUGUGCGAUGUUUGAGAAGCUUGAUGCGCAAGAAGGUUGCCGCGAUCGUUCUCCCCCGAAAAUGAAGAGCAAGGAAGCCGUGCGAGAAAAGAUGCACGUUAUUAAGCGCAAUGGGCGUAAGGAGAAUGUCCAUUUUAAUAAGAUCACUUCAAGAAUUACCAAACAGUGCUAUAACUUAGAUACGAAGUAUGUGGAUCCAGCUGCUGUGGCGCUUCAAGUGAUACGUGGUUUAUAUUCUGGAGUAACUACAGUUAUACUUGAUAAUCUUGCGGCGGAAACUGCAGCUACAAUGGCAACUAACCAUCCUGACUAUGCUAUAUUAGCGGCAAGAAUUGAUGUGUCUAACCUGCACAAGGAAACCAAGAAGUGCUUCAGCGAGGUUAUGCAUGACUUAUAUUACGCCAAGAAUCCCAUCACGAAUGAACAUAUUCCUAUAAUCAGCGAACAUUAUUAUAAUAUUAUUAAGAAUAACGCAGAGAGACUGGAUUCUGCUAUAAUAUACGAUCGAGAUUUCAGCUAUAAUUAUAUUGGUUUUAAAACGCUUGAGAGAAGCUAUCUGCUGAAAAUCAAUGGGAAGAUAGUGGAGAGGCCUCAACACAUGUUGAUGAGAGUGGCUGUUGGUAUUCACGAAAAUGACGUUGACAAAGCCAUAGAAACGUAUAAUUAUUUGUCUGAACGAUAUUUUACGCAUGCUUCACCAACGCUAUUCAACUCUUGUACUAACAAUCAGCAGAUGUCUAGCUGCUUCCUCCUAACCCUCGAAGAUGAUAGUAUAAAGGGUAUUUACGGUAUGCUGAAAAAGUGCUCUCUUAUUAGCAAAUACGCUGGAGGAAUAGGACUUAAUGUACAUUGCAUUCGUGCCAAAAGCGCGGAAGAUACGAAUACAACUAACGGCUUGAUUUCUGUUCUAAAAUUAUAUAACGAAAUAGCUAUUUAUGUUGAUCAAGGAGGAAACAAAAGACCUGGAGCGUUUGCUAUUUAUUUAGAGCCAUGGCAUGCUGAUAUCUUCGAUUUUCUGGAACUUAAGAGGAACAUCGGUGAUGGAAACAUGCGAGCUAGAGAUUUAUUUUAUGGCCUUUGGAUACCAGAUCUUUUUAUGAAACGUGUGUAUAAUGAUGAGAUGUGGAGUUUGAUGUGUCCAUAUGAAUCUCCUGGUUUAGCUGAUGUUUGGGGCGAUAAAUUUGAAGACGUGUAUACUAGAUAUGAAAAGGAAGGUCGCUACAGAAAGCAAGUGCAGGCCAGAGCUGUAUGGCUCGCCAUUCUCAGAUCACAAGUAGAAACUGGAACACCUUAUAUGCUUUACAAAGAUCACUGUAAUCGAAAAUCGAAUCACCAGCAUGUAGGAACUAUUAAAUGCAGCAAUUUGUGCACCGAGGUUCUUCAAUACUCCGGCCCUGGAGAAGUCGCUGUAUGCAAUUUAGCGUCUAUCGCUGUCAACAUGUUCGUCAAUACAGACACCAAAACUUUCGAUUUUGAUAAACUUAAAACAGUCACAAAAAUCGUCACCCGUAAUCUAGAUAAAGUCAUUGACGUCAAUUUUUAUCCUAUCCAAGAGACGAGAACAUCUAAUCAAAAACAUAGACCUAUUGGUAUCGGUAUACAAGGUUUAGCAGAUGCAUUCCUAUUAAUGCGAUAUCCUUUCGAAAGCAAAGAAGCGAAGGAACUCAACAUUAAGAUCUUCGAGACGCUUUAUUACGGUGCGUUAGAAGCUAGUUGCGAAUUAGCUGCGGAAAAAGGAACUUAUGAGACAUAUCAAGGUAGUCCGGUCAGCAAAGGCAUCCUCCAAUACGAUAUGUGGAACGUUAAGCCGACAGAUUUAUGGAAUUGGGAUGAAUUGAAAGCGAAGAUCGCGAAGCACGGAGUAAGAAAUUCGCUUUUAAUAGCACCUAUGCCAACAGCCUCGACGGCACAGAUUUUAGGGAAUAACGAGUCCAUUGAACCAUACACGAGUAAUAUCUACGUGAGGCGCGUAUUGUCUGGAGAAUUUGUCAUUGUCAAUCCCCAUCUACUGCGAGACUUGACCGAUAGAGGUUUAUGGGACGAAGCUAUGCAAAACGAGAUACUCGCGAAUUUUGGAUCUGUUCAAAACAUUGAACGUAUUCCCGAUGAUUUGAAAGCGCUUUAUAAGACUGUAUGGGAGAUACCGCAGAAAGUGAUUCUCGAAAUGGCUGCUGAUCGAGGAGCUUUCAUCGAUCAGUCGCAAUCCUUGAAUGUUCAUAUAGGGGAUCCGACGACUGAGAAGCUUACAUCGAUGCAUUUCUUCGGUUGGGAAAAAGGCUUAAAGACUGGCAUGUACUACCUGAGAACAAAACCAGCCGCAAAUCCUAUACAAUUCACAGUGGACAAAUCAAAAUUACAAAGUCGCGAUUCGAGUACUUCCAAUGGCAGCACCUCUGCUAUCAACAGCUCUGUCAACAACACUAUCAACAGCCUUAUCAACAGCACUCCUAUCAAGUCACCCAACAAAAGUGUUAACGACAAUGAUGUCGAAAAAGGAAAACAAUUAAGUCAGCAAGCAAGCGGAAAUCAACGUGAACUAGCACGAGCCAAGAAUUUGAAAAAAACCUCAAAAAAGGCAGCGUCCGAACAAGACAGCAAUAAAGGUCUUUCCUUGGAACAACGUAAAGCACGCGACGCGGAACGAAUGCGAGAGAAACAGCUUAAGAAACAGCAAGGUGAACCAGGGGAUAAGUCGAAGCAGGCAGCGGGAUAAUUCCACAGAGAAAGUGUGUAAAUUUUUACGACAAGAAACGGCUAUAUCGCAUCCAAUGGCUAUGCUAAAAAGAUUCACGAUUGUACGGAACACAGGGAUCGAUGCUUAUACCGGGGACGGAGAAAGUAAUCACCAUGUUUUCGAUGUUAGAGAAUUUUUCCAUUGUCGGCCGUAUGCGGGUGUGUCGACCAUAUGACAUGCCUCUGGACCUAGCCUCGAUUAUCUUGUUAUUUACACGUUGCUCACAAAAACAGUUAUAAUCAGUGUGUACAAAACUUGACGUUACCUACACCUAAAUUCAGUCAAAGAGAACACGCGUUUUUGACUGGUUUCUCUAGGUAUAAGGAUAUUAAAUAAUACGAUAUAUUUGUAGUACUACGUUCCAAUUCUGUAAAUCCAAACUUAUUUAAUAUGUUGUGUAAUUAAAUGUGUAACAAGCGAACGAUUGUUAGACACACGCAUGUGCCACUAUCGUCCCCUCUCGCUUGUAAUAAACUGUUCAAAUUUUAACAAUA